AUGAAAAAAUUUUGCCCUCUGAUGGCUGGGAGAAGAGGGUGGCAAAUACCAUCUGAAGACAUAUUAUCUACUGCCCCAUCAACAUUUGCCCCAUCUGCCCCAUCAAAUUUGGCAAAGUUGGGAGCAGCCGCGGCAGAACUAGUGUACUCAACCCGUGUAAAUAGUGCUGGCGCGUUUGUGCCUUCCAAAGCUUCUGCCACAGCCACAGCUUCUGCCCCAGCUUCCUCAUUCAAGGCAGCACCGGUGACUGGACUGGAGACACUAGCAACAAUUGCAGCAACUAGACCAAGAGCUCAGAUACAAUUGCCACUACAAUUGCCACUAAUGAAUUGCAUGAUUAAAGAAGUUAAUGGAGUAAAAACCCUUGUGCUAAGACACCCAUUAAAAAAUCUGAGCAAUGUAUAA